GUAGGGCGCACUGCUGUGCCCCGUGCAAAAUACUCUGGCACAUGCCCAACAAUUGUGCCUUGUUUGGUGGAGUUUCUACCAAACAAGGCUGCAGGAGGAAAAAGAAGAAGUCCAGCGGCUGAAAUCAGAGCUGAUUGUGAUUGUGUGUUUUGGGAGUGCUGAGCCGAGUCGGAGUUCCCCUUUUCAGUCAAUAAAGGGGGACGUGCAGUUGCUGAAAUAAAAAGCAGAUCAGCAAAACUCACUGGCCGAGCAGAGCACGCCAUGGUGACGACUGCAGCAGGACAGGACAGUUUCUGAAGCCCCAAAACCAGCAUAGUUGCAACCACCAGAGCCCCAGGUGACGAUGUCAGAUGGAAGCUGCAGGGGCCGAUGCUGAUGCAGAUGUGGGGCCAGGAGCCGGGGCCAUGCUGUGGUCCAUCCAGGAGGCACUGGAUAGGCAGACCCUGCAGAUCGGAGCGUCUGCCUGCGGGGCCACGGCGGUGGUGGACGUGCUGAAGGCCCUCGGUCAACCUGUGGCCCCGGAGGAGGCCGACCACUGUGUCCAGACGCGCCUGAGGAGGAAUGAGUCCCCGCUGCCGGACUACCUGCUCUCCCGGAGCGAGGCAGGUGCAACUCACGCUCAGCUCAUCGCAGGAGCAGAGCUGGCCAGUGAGGGGAAGGUGGCGGGGCGUUUCUUCCACCUCCACCCUCGCAGGCGGAUCAAACUGGUGCCCUGGCUGGCUGGCUGGAUCCGCAAGGGCGCCGUGCCCGUCGCCACCAUGAACAUGCAGCUGGCGGUGCCCGAGGGAGAGGAGGUGCCGGACGCCUGGCACCACCAGCUAAUAUUCGGGGUGGCGCCCAAUGCUGUUUUUAUGACCAACCCUUUAGAUGUAGAGAGUGAGGGAGACGUGCACCAGCGGCUCUGCAGUGAAUCAGUGCUGCUGAUUCGCCGUGAGGACGUCCUGCAGAGGCUGACACCUGACUGCUGUCUGUCCAGCCUGGCAGAGGGAGAGGCCGGUCCACGCUGGAAGGCCCUGGAUGUUGAGGGUCAGGUGAGGCAGAUGGCCCUGGAGGAGGAGCAGCAGCAGGAUCAGCCCAAGCUGGCACACAUCGUGAUCCCUGCAGCGUACAGUUCAGGCGUCACACUCUUCGCCUUACGAGACUCAGACUUGGGACGGGAGCUCCUCAGCGCUCCUGAGCUCCCUCUGUUGUGACUCGAGCUCCAAGACUUAUUCAUUGCGAUAAGACGAUCUCAGUCAUCAGGCAGCACUGAUAAUGAGAUGCUUUAUUGAUUUUUAGCAGUUACAGAGACCGUUCUACUGGAUCUGUUGUCUCAGCAAGCAUCCGCCCUGCUGAAGUGUCUUUGAGCAAGACACCGAACUCCUGGCUCCAGUGCUGCUACUCUGCAGCUGACCUCUGACCUCCCUGGAAGUGCAAGCAAAAAGAGCGCAAAGAUCGACAAAGUACCAUGAUAUCAUAUCGCUGUACAUACUGUAACUGUCUCACAUUGAAGACAGAUGAACCACCUCAACACUCACACUGUGAAUACACACGAAUGUCUCUGCUAUUUAAAUGUCAUUUCCUGUAAGCAGUCAUGGCUUGGAAAUGGAAAUUUCUGUUCAAUUCACUUUGUCAGUUUUAUGCACAUGCACUGGUAUUAUCAAAUCAUGUUGCAAGGCAUAACUGAGGCCCUUGAUGUGUGUUCACAUUGUCUCUGAAGUGAUUACAUUUUCAUGUUCCUCAGGUCUGAAAUACACAUUUGUGCAAGUGAAAUAAACAUGGGGCAUAUAAAACAUGCCUUAAAGUAAACUUAAAACCCAACGGAGAAAAUCACUUCUCUAUAUGCAUGCAGUAGCUUUAUAUUCUAGUCUCAGGUGUUGGAUGAACACCCUUCCAAAUGUAGAGAGAAAGCAGCAGCAGCACCUUUUUGCUCCGUUGCACCCCUCGCCGUCAGCGCCUGGAUUCAGAGCUUCAUUUGUAGGCUGCUCCACCACCCGCAAACAACUGAAAAAAAAAAAAAAAUAG